CAAAUCGCGACGUUUCAGCGUACGGAUGCGACCAUAAUUGUGGCGCGUGAACGCAGCGUGCUUAUUUCCUACAGAUAUAUAUCACAGGAUUGCCGAUUAUAAAAUCCACUAGUGCGAAUUUCACAUGAUUCGUCCAAGCAGGUUGGCGUGUAGUGAUAGCUAAACUAAUUGUAUGUGAAAGUUUUCGAUAACCAAAUGGUUCUCAGUGUGUGAGUGCGUAUUUGGCAAUAAUUUUCGCAAACAUUGGCGGAAACGGAACCAACCGCCUACCAACCUCAUUCCAUUGCCGUGGUCCAAAUAUUUUACCAUUUUGUUAGCUAGUGUCGGUGCAAGCACUCGCGCUAUACGCGGGAAUUUCCGUCUGUCGUCCUUGUGUGCGUCGCGUUUCGCUGUCGCUUUCGGUAAGUUCACGUUAAUUGUUCGUGAGUCGGUCGGACGUAUGAUCGGUAUUUGCAUCGGUCAAGCAUUUUAAACGAUAUAUGACUUUCGGUGGCGAAAAGUCCACAGUGUUUGUGUGUGUGUAUGUGUAAAUUUUAUCAGCCACUAACAAAAAUCGAGCGCAAUUAUUUAAUAGCUGACCAAAGGUGCCAGCUGCUCACUGCGAAUGGAUUUCGACCUUGCAGACUCGCAUUCGUGGCUCCUUACUAAGAAGGUGCAUGAGAUCUUCGCCUCAAGCGCCGCUGUUCGCAAUUAGUUGGCCAAAAUGUCUGAUUGCAAGCAACCGGAAAAUUUAUUACACGGCAGCAACAACAGACAGCGGACCAAAGCAACUUGAACGCGGCUGAGAGAAGCUGAAGCUGCAAUUGCGCAAUGCGUCUGCGGAGAUAGCGGAAAGAAAGUGUGAAACGGAUAAGGUGUGGACGAGUGCGAGAGAUCAAGCCCUCGAGUACCAGCUCUAUAAACGGACCUCAAUAUGUAUUUGUGUCCGGUUCAAAUAAAUUAAAUCAUCACCAACUUAUAUGCGAAUAUUAACAGAGAACAAAACUCAACGACUUAAUCCGGUUUAGAGCCUGCAGCGCCACCGCUUUUCAGCAUCUGCCUUAUACUCUUACAUAGACAUAAGCGUAUACGAUUGUGAGUUGACCUCAGUUGGAAAAUUUAUAACAAUAUUGUAGGGAUUAAAGUGCAAUUCGCUAGCGUUCAAUAAUAAAUAUCAACAUCUAGUGAAUAAAUAAUACAUUUAUAUGCGUGUGUAUGUAUGCGUGUUUAAUUUAAUAUCGUAAAAAAUAGAAACGUUUACACUUCCGGUGCAAUUGCAGCAGACAAAGCCGACAAAUAGCUGAACAACAACACCAACAAUAAAAUGGCUGCGCAAAGCUGCAUUUGGACAUAUUUGUGCGCCCUCCGCCUGACUCUCCUCGCGCUGCCGCUGCUGUUGGCAAACACAGAGGCGCGAAUCGGCUAUUUUUGGCACAUCACCGAUCUUCACUUGGACACAUUUUACUCGACGCAAGGCGACGUUAUGCACAGUUGCUGGCGCAUCGACGGUCAAUCGCCAAGCAGUUCCAUUCGUUCACCUGGUCGUUUUGGCGAUUACUUUUGCGAUAGUCCUUGGAGCCUAAUUGAGUCGGCAGCGAAAGCGAUGAAGACUCGACAGGGUGACAAUGUCGAGUUCGUUCUGUGGACAGGCGAUGGCUUAUCACACUCGGCGCUGAAGGAGUCCGAUACGAAGAGAUUGGAGAUCCUGCGCAACAUCACCGAUUUGCUGGGUCGCACAUUCUCGUCGCAGUUUGUGUUUCCAGUGCUCGGCCAUGAGGAUGGCACCACAAACUUUCGCCACUUGGGCGAACUCUGGCGGCAUUGGCUGCCAUCGGAGGCACUACACACGUUCGAGAAGGGUGGCUACUACUCCAUUGAGCAGACGAAGAGUCGCCUGCGUAUAAUUGCGCUGAACACGAAUUUCAUGCGGCACGAUCACAAGUCUCCGCCCAGCCAUCUGGCGGCGGUGCGGCAGCGUACUCCAAUGUCUGGCGGCAGCGGCGGUGAUUCCGAAUACAAGACCUACUACUAUCAUCACGGCUCCAUACACCAACACCAUGGACAUUCGUCGAGCGAUUGGAUGAGUCAUGGCGGCGGUUAUGGCGGUUACAAUGGUGGACACCAUCGUGGCAUGAAUGCCAUACCGGCUUUGAGUGUGGGCGAUGGCGAGGGACGCGUCAGUGCGCUCUCCGAGUAUGAGACCCAGGAUGCCGAGAAACAAUGGCUCUGGCUAGAGGAGGAGCUUAUCAAGUCGAGAAUUAACAAAGAAACGGUCUACAUUGUGGGACAUAUUCCACCCGGUUCGGAUGAACGGCUCAUCGGCUUGCAGCAAAAUGGUCGCACCACUUUCACCGAAACGAAUAAUAAACGCUAUCUGGAAUUGGUGCGAAAGUAUUCCUCAAUCAUCCAGGGGCAGUUCUUCGGCCAUCUGCAUUCGGACUCUUUUCGCAUUAUAUACGACGACAAUGGCAAACCGGUUUCAUGGAUGAUGAUUUCACCGUCCGUAACGCCAAGGAAGCUGAAUGUGGGUUCAAAUAACCCGGCCAUGCGGCUCUACAAGUUCGAUACGGACUCUGGUCAGGUUCUGGACUACACGCAGUACUUCAUGGAUUUGCAAUUGGCGAAUCAGGUGGGCGAACCCAACUGGCUUCCGGAGUACAACCUCACCCAUUACUACGCGCUCAGUGAUAUAUCGGCGGUUUCGCUGCACAAUUUCGUAGAUCGCUUCACCAGCGGCGACGGCACCUGGUUUGGCAAAUAUUCCCGCGCCAACACCGUUCGCUAUCAGUCGGAUUCCUGCGAGGGCGUCUGCAUGCUGAACCACUAUUGCGCCAUAACACGUGUGGACUACAAAGAGUUCCGCCAAUGCCUGGAGAAGGAGCAGAGCGCGCUGCGUUCACACGCUCCCGCUGCGCACACGGCGCUCGCCGGCGCCUGCCCCAUUUUAGUGCUGAUGUGCGCAUUGCUGGCAUCCUGUUGUCGCCAGGCUGCUGCGCUACUGCCGAAACUCAUUGCACGCAUGAGAGUGCAACAGCAGCAACAACAACACCUACAUCAACAGCCUUUUGUCGAAAAGAAAAAGCGACAAAUUGAAUUCGCCGCGUUGGCGCUGGCCAUGACUACAGCUUCCAAAUACCGGACCGCAAUAUCAGCGAUGUUAUUAAACGGCAGAAUGGCAGCAUUUGCUCUGCUGCUCGGGAUAUUGUUGAUGCUGCAAUAUGCGUUGGAGCGCAACUAUCGAGGCACGAGCACCGCACCACCACCGCCGCCGAAGGAGGGUCAACUGAGUGCGAAAAUGGCUGCAAAUAAAAUGGAAAAUUUUUACAUGCAACGGACAAUGUUGCAGCUAAGGACUGGUAGCAUGCUGCUGCGGGCGGGCCACGGUAGGGUGCCAUUACAACGGCCAGCAACACUCUACUGCAACGGCGCUUGCUGCUGUCGGUUUAAUAUUACCGUUGUGGCAAGCAGCGACAUGAGAACCAAUGCGGCUGAUAACAAUGCAACACUGUGGCAACUGUGGCAUGACGUGGCGCAAGAAAAUGCUACUGACAAUAACUAUGCCCGUCAUGCAAUAAUUCCAAUUUCAACUGUGCAACAGCGAUUGCCACAAUGCAACACCGUCAAUUACAGGUCGCUAAGUCUGGAGCGGCAACUUCUUUGUAUAUUAUGUUUCAUAAUGAGCUGCGUGCGGCCUCAAAGCAGCGGGCUGCGCUUACUACCAGGUGCCCUGUGCACCGAUACCACCGCCAACAUACCCAACAAACUGCUUAAUACAAACACGCCCACUGAAAUGCUGGACGCCGCCUCGUGCUGCAAUCGCUUUAGCCAACAACAAACACACCGACGUUGGAGCGUCCAGAGUCCCGCUUCACAUUAGUAACGCUCGGUAUUGCUUAGCUUAGCUUUUUUAUCGUAAUUUAGUGUUUAUUAUUGCAACAAAUGAUAUUCAAGGAACGCGUAAGCGGCAGUUGGAUGAAUGUGUGGUCAUAGUUGAUAUAAUGUGCGAGCUUCUUAGUUCAUGAAGUACCGGCAAAACAUAUAAGCUGUUGUUUCUAUAAUAAUGAGGCUGUGGUGAAUCAUAAAAUAAAGAAGUUCUGCAGAAAAAUAAUCCCAACUCAGGACUUCUGUAUGUCUUGAGCUGAGUCGCCUAUACUUAUUUGCCAUAUUUUGAAGGGGUUCAACUUUCUAGCACGGAUAAUUUAGACCUUCUCGAAGCUAUAUGCUGUUUCUAUUACAAACCAAGCGGAGUGGAGGUUGGAAGCUAUAUUUAUAAUUAGUCUCUCUCAAAGCGUUGGAAAUCUCUACCCAAAUGUUGGUAGUCUUUAAAGCUCUCAUGCGUAAACGCUUAUUUCGCAUACUUGAUGCUAGAGUUUGCAGCACAAUUAUCUUAAUGUAUUUCAUAGUUUGGCGAAAUAAACCUUCGGCACCAAGUAUGUCGACAGCUGAAUUAGCAUCUAUGUAAAAGCGAAUCCAAAAAGGCAAUUGGAAGUAGAAAAAGUUGAGGGAAGCAUAAAACAUAAUUUAGAACCUUGGCACUAUUUAGUUAUCCACAGAUAUAUAAGGAUAUAUAUACAGGGUUUGUCCGGAAAGUAAUAAGACUGAGUCGAUUUAAAAAAAAUUAUUGUACCAAUCGUUGAAAUUCUUUAAAAACUUUCAAAAUAGGCUCCCUAUGCAUCGAUGUAGCGCUGCCAGCGCGAUGGCGUCCCGGAAGACAUUUUACGGUAUAGCCUUGAGAGCCACGGUGCAUGUUGCUUGGAUGCCCUCUGUCGUCUCACAAUGCUUGCCAUUCAUUGGCCGUUUCGCGCAAGGAAACAAAAAAGUCCUGCUGCGGAAGAAUUGAGAUGCUUGCCUUGGUUAGAUAGCUGUUCAUAAGAAAGGCGGUGUAAUCUGAAGUGUUGUCUUGGCCAAAAGCCUGCGAUAACUUGUCGGACUUUCGUUUGAGUCUCUUGAGGACCUCCACGUAAAACUUGGCGUUGACGGUUUGUCCAGGGGGAAAAAAUUCAUGGUGGACGAUUCCUUUGAUCUCAAAAAAAAAAUAAUGAGCAUUGUUUUCACUUUAGAUUUGCACAUUCUUCCUUUCUUUGAGCGAGGACCUCUUCUCGGCUUUCCAAAAAGGCCUGGUGCCACCGAA